AUGGAAUGGGAUAUUAUGAUGGCGGUCAAUGGCAAAGGAUGCGCGACCGCGAUGCGUGAAGCCAUUAGACAGAUGAUCAAGCAACCGAUCGCCGAGUCCGGAGCACGAGGGCGGAUAGUCAACAUCUCAUCCGCUGCAGGUAUCAACGCUAUCCGUCGAGAGGCCACCUACGCUGCGAGCAUGAUUUCUCCUCCCUGGAGGUGUUUCUCAAUACUAAUGAUUGCUGGUAUCAACAUCAACGCCGUUCGCCCCGGUGUCGUCAGGACUGCUCAAGCGAGCACGAACUUCCGCGACCCGGCAAUUAUUGCGGAGAUGCGUAAGGGAACCCCAUGGCCUCGACUAGGCGAGCCGAUAGAUGUCGCGAACAUGGUUGUCUUCCUGUGCACAAAUAAGCGCCGUGGAUCAGAGGCCAAAAUAUUGCGGUUGAUGCAGGGUUCACCGUGGGGAUAA